AUGGAGAUUGAGAAUAUUGUUGCGAAUACUGUCUACAUAAAAGCUAGAGAGAGUGGUGGUCAGAAGAAAGGGAAGAGCAAAAAGUGGAAGAAUUACUUGCAAUUUCCUCACUAUACGGAAUGCUUGCCUUUGCGAUCAGAGAUCGAUGUCAGGUUCCACAAAGGGCGCUGA